AUGCUUACUUUUUACGGAAUUUUGCCAGGUAUUUCGUGCGUUCUGUUUUGCAGAAUAUUUUGGAUUGUUACGAUAAUACUAUGUCAAUUUUACCAUUAUCGGUACUUAUCGACACACUUUUAUUCCGGUGAUCUUUUUAAUUUAAUGGACUGUCUCAGUAGCUUACUAGCCUAUGCAAAAGUGAUGAGUAAGUUCAUUGUGUUUUGGUUGAAUCAAGGAAAACUCGUUAAAAUCUUGACGAUGAUGACGGAAGAUUGGAAUGAUUGCGCUAACAGUGAAAUCAACAUGCGCGAAACGAUGUGCAAAGCAAAAUUAUCGGAUCGUAUUACUAAUGCGAUGAUCAUUCUUCACACGAUGAGCGUCAUUGCAUAUAGCACACGCAUUAUUCUGACAGAUGUGGAUAUCACCGAUUGUAUGUCUGAGCCACUCUACAUCCACAAAAUGGAACUUCCCUUUGAUGUGAACACACAACGAGUAUAUAGAAUGGUCUUAAUCACGCAAUUUAUAUAUUGUAUCACGGGUGGCUUGGCUGCUGGCACCGUAAACGCUCUGCUUUUAACUCUGACUUUACAUGUAGGUGGCCAAAUGGACAUUUUGCAUUAUUGGUUAACGAAUCUCACGCCUAAGAAGAAUUCGCAGAAAAAAACUGAAUCGGUCACAGCAAAUGAAAUUAUUCAAAAGCAUCAGAAAAUCAUCAAAUUUUCGGAAACCAUCGAGAAUCUCUACACAUACAUCGCGUUACUGCAGUUCGCGUCAAAUACGAUAAUGAUUUGCUCGCUGGCAUUUCUCAUCGUGAGCGCAAUCGGUACACCCGAUGCGGUUGAGCAGAUAAUAAGAUCUCUUUUAUUUUAUACCAUAACAAAUCUCGAAGCGUUUAUAUACUGCUACGCUGGAGAAUAUUUGAAUAACAAGAGCAAAGCGAUCGGAUUAGCGGCAUAUAAUUCCACAUGGUACAAUUUGAAACCCAAAGAUACUCGAAUCUUGACAUUUAUAAUAUUAAGAUCGCAAAAACAAUUAUCGCUCACUGUUGGAAAGAUGAUGAAUCUGUCCUUAGAAUAUUUUGCAACUAUCAUGAAUGCUUCAGGAUCAUAUUUAUCAGUGAUGUUGGCGAUGCAAUAA